AUGAGAGAUCCUAUGCAUCACCACUCUCUUUUUGAACAAGAAAGGGGGUUGAAACUACAACUAGAGAAGUGGGUACUAGUAGAGGAGAGCAUGCUCAAGCAGAAGUCUAGAGUCCAAUGGCUCAAACUUGGGGAUGCUAACAAUGCUUACUUCUUUGCAAGCAUGAAGAACAGAAUAGUACAUAACCAGAUAAGGAGAUUAGAAACUGCUGAGGGGCACACUAUUAUAAAUCACAAGGACAUUGAGGCAGAAGUCACUCAUUUUUGCCACAGGUUACUUGGAUUAUCGACCACAAAGAUCUAUGUGGUUCAGCAAGAUGUUAUGGAGGAAGGUUGUAAACUAACGAGGGCCCAACAACUACAAUUAAUAGGCCUUGUUAGCAAAGAGGAAAUCAGUAAUGCAUUAAAAGAAAUUAAUGACCAAAAAGCUCCUAGAUAUGAUGGAUUCAACUCUCUUUUCUUCAAAAAGAGCUGGUGCAUAGUCGGGGAGGAAAUCACAUGUGCAAUCCAAAACUUCUUUGAUACAACAACAAUAUUUAAGCCAAUCAACUAUACAUCAGUGACUUUGAUUCCAAAAGUCAAGAACCCACGGCAGGUCAAGGAAUUUAGACCCAUCUCGUGCUGCACAGUGUAA